CACAAACGUCAACGUACACCACCGCACCGACUUGAACCACCACACACAUAGAAGGAUAGCAAAAGCGAUGAAGACAUCUAACAAGACCUUCGUUAUCUCCGGCGGCUCCUCCGGCCUCGGCCGCGCAUCCGUCGAGAUCCUCCUCGCACACGGUGCUUACGUAGCAGUCCUGGACCUGAACCCUGGCGAAGGUCUUAUUGAGGCUUCAAGUGGGAAAGCAAAGUUCUGGAAAGUUGAUGUUACCAAGACUUCCGACAUCGAGAAAGCCGUCGCGGGUGUGAUGGAGUGGGCGAAAGAAACGGAGGCCGAGUUGGGAGGAAUCGUGUGCUGUGCUGGAGUUGCGUCGGCGGCAAAGAUCAUCGACAAAGAUAACAAGCCUCUCGAUAUCACCGCGUUCAAUCGCGUCCUUCAAAUAAACGUCACAGGUACAAUCGAUCUCAUCCGUCUCUUCCUCCCACACAUGACUACGAACCAAGGUUCGGAUCCUGACGGCGAACGGGGUGUGAUCAUCACCGUAUCGUCCGCCGCGGCCUUCGACGGACAACCCGGUCAACUCGCUUACUCUGCCUCCAAAGGCGCAAUUCGCUCGCUCACCCUUCCCCUCGCACGAGAUCUCGCCCGUUACGGCAUUAGAGCUGUGAGUAUCGCACCGGGUAUGUUUGAGACAGCCAUGACGAGUAAACUCGGAGAGAAGGCACGGAAGAGUCUACUGAAGGUGCUAGAGUGGCCGCAGAGACCGGGAAAAGCGGAGGAGUUUGCCUUGGUUGUGAAAGCCAUUGUGGAGAACCCUAUGUUGAAUGGAGCUGUGAUUCGGUUGGAUGGAGCGACGAGGAUGCCGAGCAAGAUGUGAGGAGUUCCGAGGUGGUACAACAGACCGGGCGUGAAGGAACGAAGUUGUGUUUCUGUACGAUAGAUGGUAUAUCGUAAAUUUGACAUCACACUACACU